CGUGUGGGCAGUUCCUCCCCAGGCGAGCAGUCGGACAGGUCCUGGAUUUUGAGAGUGAGAAGUGAAUGGCAUAACUGGGAGUGGACAAUGAUCGGGAAAUGUUACUUCCUCCUGUCACUUCUCCAAGAUUUCACAGAAAAACCCACGAUAUUCCCUGCUGAAAUUAUUGCAGGAAAGCGUGUGGAUGUAAGCUGCACCUUCAACACAAUGUGCAAUGGAACAGCAGCACCUGUCUUAACCUGGGACACUCCCACUGACGUACCUGGAUCAGUCUCAAACACUGUAACUCAGCAUGGUGUCACUCUGAUCUAUACUUCUGUUCUGACUCUGAUCCCAUCACUCAAACACCAAGGACACACUCUCAGCUGCAGAGUGAGAUAUCCAUCUGUUUCAUCGGAGCGGACCCUCGUACUAACUGUGCUAUACGCACCACAGAAUCUCUCAAUUGCUUCUCUUGAUGUGUUUAAUGCUUCAUCAAUCAAUAUAAUUGAGGGGAAUUCUGCAGUGAUAAUCUGCUCUGUCGAGAGCUUCCCAGCUUCUAACCUGACGUGGCGACAUCUUAAUGUCCCAAUGAACAGAACAAGUUCCAACAAUGAGCUGUGGUUGGUGAUUCCUCACGUUACAUCCAGGGACACUGGAGACUAUCAGUGUGUGGCAGAGAAUGAACAUGGAGCAGUGGAGGGGUUCAUAACCAUCAAUGUGGAACAUCCCCCACAGGAGACGAUGGUGUCCAUCAGCAGAUCCUCAGGUGGGAUAAGAGAGGGAAGCAAUAUCACAUUAACCUGCUCCAGUCAAAGUGUCCCACCGAUAUCUCAUUACACCUGGUUCAGGAUUGAGGGGAACACCAGCACCCAGUUAAACACAAGUAGCCGCUCUCUCUCCUUCACUCCUGUAACACGGGAGAAUGAUGCAGGUUUCUACUGCACAGCGAGGAACCCAGUGGGUAACAGCACCUCCAACAUCACCCACCUGAACGUACAAUAUAAGCCGGAGAUUUCCCAGCAGUCGGAGUGCACUCGGAGGUCAGAGAGGGUCACCUGCAAUUGUGUGGCCAACUCCAACCCACCCGGAGACCUCACCUGGCACCUGCCCAGUGCCAACAUCAGUGGUAACCAAACACACGGAGGUUACGUGUCGUGGCAGGUCAGAGAUGGGCAUCUAGUGACUGGUUCCCUCACCCUGAUGAGACCCCAGGAUGAGGAGGGAGUGAUGGCAUCCUGCUUGGUUCAAAACCCACACGGGGAAGCCAUGUUCAAGGUGUAUCUGUGGGUCAAAGGUAGAGACUCCAGUAAAUGGACAGUAGGAUUGCUCACGGCUGGGAUCAUGUUGAGUGUUUUCCUGGCUGGAAUAUUCAUCUUCAUCUGUGUGAGAAAGAGAAAGACAGCGAUGGAGGAGAGAGUUUCAGGGACCAGUGACAUUGCAUUGACCCCCAGUCCACUCUCUGUGAAGCACCAGGGUAAACAGAACGUGCUGAUUACUGAGCCCCAGAACACAAACAGAGACACAACUGGCGAGGGGGAGACCCCAGCUCCCCGGGGUCUCUCUGAAGGUGCAGUGGGAGGCGAUGCUGGACGUGGGAACACCGAUAAACCUGAAGAGUUUCUCUACGCCAAUCCCCAAGUCUUGAGGAUGUCCAGUGGUGAUGGGUCUGUCCACAGGGAAGAGGAGACAGAAUACGCACAGAUCAGGAGAAAGACAGCGAUGGAGGAGAGAGUUUUAGGGACUAGUGACAUCGCAUUGACCCCCAGUCCACUCUCUGUGAAGCACCAGCGUAAACAGAACGUGCUGAUUACUGAGCCCCGGGACACAACCAGAGACACAACUAGAGAGGGGGAGACCCCAGCUCCCCGGGAGCUCUCUGAAGGUCCAGUGGGAGGCGAUGCUGGACAUGGGAACCCCGACAAACCAGACGAGCUUCUCUACGCCAACAUCAACUUUUCAAAGCUGCCCAGCGGUGACAGGACUGUGCAGAGGAGCGAGGACACGGAAUACGCACAGAUCAGAUUCCAGAAAAAAAGAGUGUGA